CUUUGCCAGCGAAGAGGUCGAAGGAUCGAAGCUUGCUCUGAAAGGGAAAGGAGGAGGGUCGUGAGGCAGUCAAAGCUGUGAUCUUUUCCUCUCCCCCUCGCCCUUCAUCGGGGUUUAAAUGGGCAUUUGUUGCCCGUGACCUCGGCCUUAACAAGCCUUCCCAGCUCAGACCAGGGAAAGCUGAGAUCUUUGGGGUGGGCGAGGGGAAAAAAGCUGAUGCUGCAAUGGCGGCGGGCUCACCUUCUCUGGCCGCGGAGAAGAAGCACUGGUGGCUGAGCAACAGGAAGAGGUGGAACUCUGUGCAGCAGAUUAAACGAAAGAGGAACGCCAUGAACACGCUCUUGUUGUCGACAAGUACCUCCGAGAAGCCCGGUCUCUCAUAGCGACGCAAGAGCUGUCCAAUGUAGCCGCGGCGGUGGGCCUCCUCGACGCCACCCUCGUACACUCCCCGCGCCUGGAGGCCGCGCUCGAGCUCCGGGCCCGCUCCCUCCUCUUCCUCCGCCGCUUCCGCGAGGUGGCGGACAUGCUUCAGGAUUACAUUCCAAGCUACAAGGUAGGCGGCGGCGGCGGUAUUGACGACUCGUCCUCCUCUCUCGGCGUUGCCGGCGAUCGCUCCUCUGUCGCCUCCUCCGCACCGCUCAGCCGGGAGCGCGUUAAUCUCCUCUCCCCCGGCCGCGAGAGGUCCGACGGCGACCGCUCCUUCCGGUGCUUCUCCGUCUCUGAUCUGAAGCGCCGGCUCAUGGUCGGCCUCUCCAAGAGAUCCGACAGGGAAGGCCAGUGGAGGUAUUUGGUGCUCGGCCAAGCUUGUUGCCACCUCGGGAUGAUGGAGGACGCCAUGGUACUCCUCCAAACGGCCCGCCGCCUCGCGUCUGCCGCCUUCCGCCGCGAGUCCGUCGGCCAGUCGGACGACAGCUUCGCCUCCUUCGCCGGCGAGGACGGCGGCAUGGCGGCUCCGCCGCCAUCGGAGUUGGAGUCGGCCUCCCAGCUCCUCUCUCACAUUAAACUCAUCCUCAGGCGUCGCGCUGCCGCGGUGGCUGCGCUUGACGCCGGCCUUCCGGCCGAGGCCGUCCGUCACUUCUCCAAGGUCCUCGACAGCCGCCGUGGCCUUCCCGGAAGCUUCGCCGCCAGCUGCCUCAUCGGCCGCGCCGCCGCGUACCGGGCCACUGGCCGCCUUGCGGAGGCCAUCGCCGACUGCAACCGAGCUCUCUCUGUCGACCCGUCCUCCAUCCCUGCUCUCCGAUCCCGAGCUGACCUCUUCGAGGCGGUCCGCGCCCUCCCGGACUGCCUCCAUGACCUCGAGCACUUGAAGCUCCUCUACGAUGCCAUUCUCCGCGACCGCAAGCUCCUCGGUCCGCCGUGGAGGCCCCACCGCGAUCUCCGGUACCGCGACAUUCCUGCCAACCUCCGCGCUGUCAUUGCGCGGAUUCAACGACUGCGGGGCCGUAUUGCGGCCGGCGAGGGAAACAACGUGGAUUACUACGCACUGAUCGGCGUUCCGCGCGGGUGCUCACGUCCGGAGUUGGAGCGCGCACAAUUGUUGUUGACGCUGAAGCAUAAACCAGAAAAGGCGGUGGCAUUCGUCGACCGCUUAGAUUUCACAGACGACCACCGGGAUCUGGAAGCGAUCCGGGAUCAGGCAAGGAUGUCAGCGUCGAUCCUGUACAGGAUGUUGCAGAAGGGUUAUGCUAGCAUUAUGACGUCGGUGAUGGACGAGGAGGCGGCAGAGAAGCAGCGAGCCAAGGAAGCGGCCACAGCCGCAAUUGCAGCAAUUCAAGCAACCGAGAAGCCGCCGAAAACCGAGCGGAACGAAGGAGGGAAGGAAUGCGGUAUGGGAACAGACAAGGCAGCAGCCGCAACGGCAGCGUCGGUGUUCCAAGGGGUGUUCUGCCGUGACAUGGCCGUGGUUGGCAGCAUGCUUUCGCACAGGGCAAUUCCGGUGAAGUAUGAGGCCUUGAGUUGCUGAUGAAAGGGGGAUGGGAAUUCGAAUUCGUUGUCUCCUGGUAUCAGUACUGUACAGUUUGGGAAGAAAGAUGUCAUAUGGAAUGGAAAUUUUGUUGUACGUGCUUACUAUACUGUUCUUAGAUGAUGUCUAAGUUUCUUUUUCCUCUUUGAUCUUAUGAAUCCUAGUCAUUGUUGGUA